CUCUCCUUCCCACCAACAACGCACGCGUCGAAGAAGGAAAUGAUUAGUAGCAGCCAUACUUGCUCCGCCUAUUAAUAGCCAGCGCGCGCGUCUUGUUUUGCUCUCUUCUGUUCUGUUUUGCCCUAGAUUAGCGGCGGCGUUUUGGCCUCGCGCGAACGUCUCGUCCUUGCCGUCUCGCGCGCGUGCGUACGUGCCUGCAUUGCGAUUUGCAAUUAUUACGAUCGCGCGGCGGCGGCGGCGGCGGCAUGAAGCUCCUCUCGCCGGCGGCCGCACCGUCGUCCUCGCCGUUGUUCCCUCCUCGCAUCGUCGAAGCUGCAGCUCGUCAAUCAGGUCCAUGCCGUAUCCGCAUCCGUAUCCGUGGCAAAGCAGCAGCAGCAGGAGGAGGAGGAGGCGCGGGCGCGACGGGGCCCCGCGGCAGCCUCAGGCUCGCCGGGUGGUGGAGAGCGCAGCAGCAGGCCCCGGCCACGGCGACGACAACGCAGCAGCCUGACAACGUCUCCAGUGCUAAAGUGUUCCAGACCAGCCGUGUGGAAACCGAGUCCGAAAUUGCGAAAUGGCCAGGGAAACCACAAGACCUUGAGGAUGAGCACCAGGCUGAGGAGGCAGAGCUGCAGCCACUUAUCGACCAGGUGAGGGCGAUGCUACGGUCGAUGAACGACGGGGAUACCAGCGCCUCGGCGUACGACACGGCGUGGGUGGCGAUGGUGCCGAAGGUGGGCGGCGACGGCGGCGCCCAGCCCCAGUUCCCGGCCACCGUGCGCUGGAUCGUGGACCACCAGCUGCCCGACGGCUCCUGGGGCGACUCGGCCCUGUUCUCCGCCUACGACCGCAUGAUCAACACCCUCGCCUGCGUCGUCGCGCUGACCAAGUGGUCGCUGGAGCCCGCGAGGUGCGAGGCGGGGCUCUCGUUCCUGCACGAGAACAUGUGGAGGCUAGCGGAGGAGGAGGCGGAGUCGAUGCCCAUCGGCUUCGAGAUCGCCUUCCCUUCUCUCAUCCAGACGGCUAGGGACCUGGGCGUCGUCGACUUCCCGUACGGACACCCGGCGCUGCAGAGCAUAUACGCCAACAGGGAAGUCAAGCUGAAGCGGAUCCCAAGGGACAUGAUGCACAGGGUCCCGACGUCCAUCCUGCACAGCCUUGAAGGGAUGCCUGACCUGGACUGGCCGAGGCUUCUGAACCUCCAGUCCUGCGACGGCUCCUUCUUGUUCUCUCCUUCGGCUACCGCUUACGCGCUGAUGCAAACCGGUGACAAGAAGUGCUUCGAAUACAUCGACAGGAUUGUCAAAAAAUUCAACGGGGGAGUCCCCAAUGUUUAUCCGGUCGAUCUUUUCGAGCACAUCUGGGUUGUGGAUCGGUUGGAGCGACUCGGGAUCUCCCGCUACUUCCAACGAGAGAUUGAGCAGUGCAUGGACUAUGUGAACAGGCACUGGACUGAAGAUGGGAUUUGCUGGGCUAGGAAAUCCAAUGUGAAGGAUGUGGAUGACACAGCUAUGGCUUUCCGACUACUAAGGCUACAUGGAUACAAUGUCUCUCCAAGUGUGUUUAAGAACUUUGAGAAAGAUGGAGAGUUCUUUUGUUUUGUGGGCCAAUCGACUCAAGCCGUCACUGGGAUGUAUAACCUCAACAGAGCCUCUCAGAUAAGUUUUCAAGGAGAGGAUGUAUUGCAUCGUGCUAGGGUUUUCUCGUAUGAGUUUCUGAGACAGAGAGAAGAACAAGGCAUGAUCCGUGAUAAAUGGAUCGUUGCCAAGGAUCUACCUGGCGAGGUGCAAUAUACACUAGACUUCCCUUGGUAUGCAAGCUUGCCUCGUGUAGAGGCAAGAACCUAUCUAGAUCAAUAUGGUGGUAAAGAUGACGUUUGGAUUGGAAAGACACUCUACAGGAUGCCUCUUGUGAAUAACGACACAUAUCUAGAGUUGGCAAUAAGGGAUUUCAACCAUUGCCAAGCUCUGCAUCAGCUUGAGUGUAAUGGGCUGCAAACGUGGUACAAGGAUAAUUGCCUUGACGCUUUUGGAGUAGAACCACAAGAUGUUUUAAGAUCUUACUUUUUAGCUGCUGCUUGCAUUUUUGAACCUAGCCGUGCUGCUGAGCGGCUUGCAUGGGCUAGAACGUCAAUGAUUGCCAAUGCCAUUUCUACACAUCUUCGUGACAUUUCGGAAGACAAGAAGAGAUUGGAAUGUUUCGUGCACUGUCUCUAUGAAGAAAACGAUGUAUCAUGGCUUAAACGAAAUCCUAAUGAUGUUAUUCUUGAGAGGGCACUUCGAAGAUUAAUUAACUUAUUAGCACAAGAAGCAUUGCCAAUUCAUGAAGGACAAAGAUUCAUACACAGUCUAUUGAGUCUUGCAUGGACCGAAUGGAUGUUGCAAAAGGCAAAUAAAGAAGAAAACAAAUAUCACAAAUGCAGUGGUAUAGAACCACAAUACAUGGUUCAUGAUAGGCAAACAUACUUACUUUUAGUUCAGGUUAUUGAGAUUUGUGCUGGACGAAUUGGUGAGGCUGUGUCAAUGAUAAACAACAAGGAUAAUGAUUGGUUUAUUCAACUCACAUGUGCUACUUGUGACAGUCUUAACCAUAGGAUGUUACUGUCCCAGGAUACUAUGAAGAAUGAAGCAAGAAUAAAUUGGAUUGAGAAGGAAAUCGAGUUGAAUAUGCAAGAGCUUGCUCAAUCUCUCCUUUUGAGAUGUGAUGAGAAAACUAGCAAUAAGAAGACCAAGAAAACCUUAUGGGAUGUCCUAAGAAGUUUAUACUAUGCUACUCAUUCCCCACAACAUAUGAUCGAUAGACAUGUUUCCAGAGUUAUCUUUGAGCCUGUUUAAAAAUGUUUAAGUGGUAGACCAUUAUGUUAGGUGUAAAUGUGUACAUAAAAGUUAUCAUAAGGAGUAAUGGUAGCAGAAGCAUGCAGUUGUAAGUUUAUUUGUUGCUUAGAAUAGAAAUUAGUGUAGCUAUAAUAUCAAGAAUGUUCCUAUAUAAGUAAUCAUAUUAUGGAUAGAGGUGUUCAUAUGAAUAAUAAUUUUAUAUGUUAAGUGUUAUCUUACCU